AUGAAAUUAUUUCAUUCUGUAAAUUACUAUUUUAAUCUCUGUGUUUAUUUUUGCCAAGAGAAUAAAAUGUAUAUGAUUACGGAUGAAUCAAUGGUAAUAAAGUGGAAAAGUGUACAGUGUUUGUAUAUGUAUAUUCCACUGAAUAAAUGUUUGUUACAAGAUCAUCUCCAUAUGUUCGUUAUACGUUUUCGCAGUAUAAACAAAUAUUUAACGUAA